GCUAUUACAGUAUGUUUUCAUUGGCAGCGUUCAAUCGAAAAAGCAGCUUCCCAACUAUUUUAUUGCGAGAAGCAAUACGUUUUACCAAAGAGAAGACUUCUGGUUUUACAUGUGAAAUCUCGAUAGAACGUGGACAACGAUUGCAUAAAUGAUCCAUUCGUAACAUCAAUGUGACAUCAAUUGAUCGAGAUGGAGCCAAUUUGCCCGAACAGAUUUUACAGCAGCAAGGUACAGAAGCGAUUACCGUCUAAAUCUAAGUUUGGCUGGGUGAAGCAACACCGAGUUAUGCCAUCGCACAUAUUGAGUCCGACUCAGUACUGGAAGGAGUUUUACAGACAGGCUGAUGCAUUGGCCACCGCUAUCGAAGACAGCACCAAAACAGAUACGUUAUGCACUUUCGUGUAUGAGCAAGCCCUUAACGGUAAUCGCAAAUUCGUCGUCGCGCAUCCGGAGGUUUAUUGGUGGUAUUACACAAUCAAACCACCAAAAGAGAGAUGCUCGUACGAGAUAAUACCAAAGAAUUCACCAUGUUGGUUAUAUCUGGACUUGGAAUACCCAUUCGAUCUAAAUCCGCUUUGCAAUGGGCCACGUAUGACUAUGAUACUGAUAGACAUCAUACGAGCAUACUUACUUAACCAUUAUCAUCUAUUAUGUGAGAGAAGUAAUUUUCUAAUACUGGACUCUACGUCCACUAAGAAAUUUAGCAGACAUGUGAUUUUUACUCUAAAAGAUAUGGCAUUUAAGGACAACUCUCAUGUCGGAAGGUUCAUUAAAACUAUAUGCAAUGAUAUUCUAUUUUAUUUGAAGUCAAAUAUAUCGACGCAUGGGAUUCUGAAUCACUUUAAUAAAGCAGACAUUCAGGAAAUGCUCGUAAUGACGCAGCGCGGCGAAAAAUUGUUUGUUGACACUGGUGUCUAUACGAAGAAUAGACAUUUCAGGCUGUACCUGUCCACCAAAUGGGGUAAACAAUCAUACCUAACAGUCUCCGAUGAUUGCGUGCACAACACGGUAAACAAGUGCAAAGAGAAAGAGCUAGGGAUCUUCCUGGAUUCCCUGAUAUCAUAUUUUCCAAACAAGCAAAAUUUAAUUCUACUUGAGUUUGUUAAUCGAAGCGAUGUGAAAGCUCAACUUUAUUCUAAGAUACCAAUGCAAUUCACUCCUGAAGAUGACAACCAGACCUCACCGUACCCUGAGAUAGAUAGGUACAUUCGCAGUCUCAUUGAUCCUGGCAAGAUACGCAUCGUUAGGUAUUCGGAUAAAACCAAAACACUGAAAUAUGAAAUUUACGGCAACAGAUACUGUGAAAACAUUGGCAAGUAUCAUAAAAGCAACAACGUAUAUUGGAUUGUAGAUUUAAAUAUAAAACAGAUAUAUCAGAAAUGUCACGAUCCAGACUGCUCGGAUUUUACAUCUACACCGAAGAAUUUACCAGAAGAGAUUUUGUUUAAAUUAGAUACAGAUGGUGAUACUUUUUUGGCCUCGCUAAUAGACGAAGAUAUUAUGGAGAAGAUGUAAAGAUUAUGCUUUUACAGAAGCAUAAAUACAUAAUGUAUAUAAAAAUAUAUAUAUAUAAACGCUUUUGUUCUUCAAUAAAUUUA